AUGUCAUGGGAAACUAUUUUCCCACCAACCAUUUUCCCACCGAGCGUCUCUCCUGGGAAUGUCGUAGGAAUAUUGAAAUUUCACACAGAUUUCCCACCGAUUCUUCCUUGGAAAAAGACUUCAUUUCUAGUAGUGAGUGAAAGCUUCAUCUCUGUCACAAAUUCUUCAUGGUACAUAGGUGAAUUGGUUGAGCAAUGGGAAAAAUGCAACGCGAUAGUAUUGUCUUGGACUGGAAUUACAGUUUCGAACCAAUUGAUGCCAGGGAUCGUUUAUGCCUCAGAUGCUAGGAAGGUAUGGAAUGAUUUUCAAGAGAGAUUUGAUCGUUCAAACCUAACAAGGAUCUAUUACCUUUGGCCUGAGAUUGCAACGAUGAGACAGGGAACAGAUUCAGUGACCAGCUAUUACACUAAAAUGAAAGAUCUAAUGAAUGAAUUGGAUGUUUUGGCCCCAAUUUCUUGUUGUGAUUGUGAAGAGUCAAGAACUUCAGUUGAACAUGUGAAGUAUCAGCGUAUGUUGCAGUUCCUUAUGGGCUUGAAUGAAAACUAUAGAAAUGUGAGGAGUAACAUACUAGCACGGAGACUAGUAGUUACUAUUAAUGAAGCCUAUGCAAUUGUAUCACAAGACGAAAGCCAAAGAACACUUGGUGUGGUUAUCUCCCAGAUUUUAAGAGUAAGAAGAAAACUGGACAAUUUGUUGGAGUUACAGGCCAAUAGGGUGGCAGAGUACAACCUAGUGGAGGAUUCAAACCAUAUGCCAAUAAUGCAACUACUGAAGCUCACCUGCAAGGACAUUUCUUCACUGAGGAAGAAUACUCACAGUUGA